AUGCUUCGAAAUCUGUUCAUUUUUUCACUGUUAUUCAUCUAUGUUUCAUCGGAAGGUCUUGAUGUUAUGUCAUUAUCCGGAAAGAGCAAGAAAUUCUUCUUUGAUGUGAGUUUGAGAUAAUAAUUUUGAAAAUUGAUUUUUCAGUCUAAACUUUCUAUGAGCUCCAAAUUUCUCAUUUUCCAGAUGACCAAACAAGUGAUGGGAGUGCCAUCAUUGAAACCCGAAAAUCUUGCGGCUCAAGCGUUUUUCCGCAGUUUCCUCGAUAAAUAUACAAAACUCGAUGACAAAGUCAAAAAUGAUAUGAUGCAACACGUGCCAAAAGCUACCAAACUUUUCGAUGCUGCAGGUACAUUUUUUUGGGGUUGGCAGUAAAUCUAGAGGGGAAUCUGGGGGGAAACAGUUCUCCAAGAGAAAUCCAAAGCCCAAAAAUAUUUCCCGCGCUUUUUGGUCUCAAAGCGAAGCUGUGUAUUUCUCUCGGAGAAGUUUCUGUGCUUCUCUGUUCACCCUUUCUUCUGAAAAUCUCUUCAAUUUGUUCCAGCCAAGAAAUACAACAUCGAUCCAGCGCAAGCCUUCAAAAUGCUCUCCACAUUUUUCGAAACCUUCCAAAACGGCGCCUCUUCUGAUUUGGCAUCAAAAGGUCUCAAAUUCGCUGGGAAACUGUUGGGAAAAGGUGGAUUCAGUGGAGGAGCUAAUUAA